AAGACGUCGCCGUAACCGUACCCCACCACCAACUUACGAAGUGCCAUCAAUUCUAAGUACGAGUCGCCGUGAAUCCACCACCAAUCAAAGGAAUCGAUCCGCGUCACCCACCCGAAGAGUUCCUAGUAGAAGGGAUGAGAAUAAUAAUCGAGAUAAUGUAAAUGAUGUGUGUGGAGAUUCAGGUAAUAACACGAAUGAUGCGGGUGGAAAUUUAA